AUGCCUACGGUACCCACCCGAGGCGGCCCCUCAUCGUCGCGGCCUACGUACACUGGCGGCAAGGUCUUGCCGUAUCAAAAGAAAGGUCAGGCUGUUCGUGGCGCUUCUGGGAAGACGGUCCUUGGAGGUCGUCGCCAUCGCAAGAUCCUUCGAGAUUCAAUUACAGGAGUCACCAAGCCCGCUAUCCGACGCCUAGCACGCCGAGGAGGUGUGAAGCGUAUUUCCGCUGGCAUCUAUGAAGAGGUCCGAGCUGCACUCAAGUCACGCCUUGAACAGAUCCUCCAGAUGUGUGUGAUUUACGUCGAAUAUCGAAAUGCGAAGACUGUGACCGUUCACGAUGUCAUUCACAGUCUCUCCCGGUUCGGUCGACCCAUUUAUGGGUUUGAUCCAGACACAUACGAUGGCCAGCACAAACCCAAGGCCUAA